AGUCUAUUGCUAGUUGCUUUAUUAGCAGAGUCUCUGCAAUCUCCUAACUGGAGCUUCCACUAGAACACAGCAGGGGCUGACACUGGAAAGACAUCUGCUCCUUAGGACAGGACUACUUUAUCUCCAUACAAGACUGAACCUGGGAACGUCUGCCCAUCAUUAUCAAAGCCAAGCCGCACUUCUCCUCUGCAUAUGGACUGACUUGGGGCAACAUCUUCUCCUUCUACUUGAUCCUUCAAGUGAAGCUUCUUGGUUGUGGUCCAGCCCAGGAACCAUCAUUUGUGCCCUAAAGUAAGACAUAGGCAUCUUCUAGUGUCUCACUUCUGCAAGUUCUCCGACCAAUUCUACAAACCAUCUGCUUACAGACCUUAAUCUAUACUUGUAUGGAUCCAGAACUAAUGACUUGACUGCAGUAUGGACCUCUAUACAGACCUCAGGGCUGCUGUCGUAUUAAAGCCAUACAUUACAUCUUUUCUAUAGUGUGACAUUGAUGUGGUCACUUUUGGGCUGCAGCACUUUUAGGUGUAGUGCCCUUCAGCUGUUAUCUGGAGCCACUUUACUGACUCCAUCUCCGGAUUACCAUAGGUGGCACAUCUUCCCAUUGCAAGGAAGUGGUCCUUCAAGAUAAGUGAGCACUCUGGUCCUUUAGGAUAAGCGAGCACUCUGAAUUUGGCAUGUGGCUUGCACUGCUGAUGUACUAACCUGCACAAUGCUAUCCCCAGGAUGGACUAUUGUUUUGUCUCUUUUAUUUAUGUCUAUUUGUUGCCUGAGCCAAGAACCAGGUGACCAGGAUAUGGAGCUUCCCUUACAGUACUAUGAUGACAAUGUUAUCGAUCUGCUGGAAGCUUUAAACAUUACUCGCUCUAUCAAGGGAGUUACUAAAUCCAAAGGGCGAGACCCUGGUUCUCCAGCCUGGAAAUUCCGUCCACGUGUUCCCCAUUUAACACUACCUUGGGACUACUCAGUUUAUCUUCUGUCUAGCACACAGGGCUCUAUUGGCUUACAUUUUGUAGCUAAACAGGCUAAAAACAACCAAGGAACGUUACUGGCCUUUUUGUCACCAGCAGCCAUGAAGAGAGACGGUCAUUCUCUUUUACGCCUUGUCUCUGAUACUCAGACAGACCAGCUGCAUUUGGAGUACCGUAACCCUCAGACCAUGGAACCGGCUUCCCUGUUGCUUCCAGGUGGAUCACCAUUUUCUGGCUCCAAAUGGGCACAAUUUGCACUGAAUAUUGACAUCCACAAAGUUACCCUUUUUCUGGAUUGUGAAGAACCAGUAGUGUUUGGUAAGGAUGGAAAAGAAGAAUUACUAAGCCUAAUUCUCCCUCUGGAUCUGCAGAUCAGUUUUGCCAGCAUGCCAGGAGAUAAGGAGAGUAAAUUUUUGGGUUAUUGGCAGACAGCUGAGAUCUCCCCAACUGGAUUUUCUAGAAGACCUUGGCAUUGUGAGAACCAAUCAGAUUCUCUUCCUCUUUCCUACUCCUUGUCUGAGGAGCGACACAUGGAUGAUGAGGAUGUACAGAGGCAACCCCGAGCACCAGACAUGUCUGACACACGACAUUACCAGCAGCAGCAGAGUGAAGUGCCCUCAACUUUUUUUUCUCAGGAAGAAAGAAUGCGAAGGCUGGAGGAAGUUGUUCAGGCUUUGACUAAUAUGCUGGACAUGGUAAAAGUUCAGAAUGCUGAUCUCCAGGCCAGGGUAAAAGCUCUGGAGGGUUGUGAAUGUCGCCGACCCACAUGUUUAUGGGAAGGAAAAGAGUAUCAAGACAGUGAGACCUGGAAGAAAGACACAUGUAACAUCUGUGUGUGUGUUGGGGGUGCAGUAAAGUGCUCCCUACGGAAAGACAGGCCUCAGUGUCUGGGCUGCUCUGACGGUCACCUGGAUGGAGAUACAUGGAAGAAGGAUGCUUGUAUAAGCUGUACUUGUCAGGGAGGUUCUGUGAAGUGCAUCUCAGCCGUCUGUGACACGAUAACUUGUGAACAUCCUUUCACUCCACCUGGAAAGUGUUGCCCAGAAUGUGGUAACUGCCAGUAUCAUGGGCAGAUUCUGAACAAUGGAGAAAGGUUCCAACCAGAUCUUUGUACCACUUGUACAUGCAAGGAUGGAACAGUCCAGUGCGUGAGAGAGCGCUGUCCAGAAUUGACCUGUAUAAAGAGGUAUACCCCACCUGGACAAUGCUGUGCACUCUGCCAACAAGGAUGUGAAUAUGAGGGAGUAUCUCACAGAAAUGGAGACUUCUUUCUGUCACAGAGCAAUCCUUGUGUGAACUGUUCCUGUUCGAAUAAUCUGGUGCGAUGUUUGCCUGUACAGUGUCCAGUAGCUGCUUGCAGUAAUCCAGUAUCCACACCGGGCCAGUGCUGUUCCUCCUGCCCAGUGUGUGACUUUCAUGGACGUUCCCUUUUACCGGGCCAAAACAUUACCACCGCAGAUGGUUGCCAACACUGCAUGUGUCAGGAUGGUGAAGUGAAAUGUACUGAUGCUAUACGUUGUCCACAAUCCUGUACUCAUGGAGUAAAAGGAGGUUCCUGCUGUCCAGAUUGUUCAGCCUGUGAUCUUCAAGGGGACAUUAUACCAAAUGGUGUCACCUUUAAAGGCAAUGGUGAUCCAUGUGAAAGCUGUAUGUGCAAGAAUGGUAAUGUCAAUUGUAUACGCAUAUCUUGCCCCAAGUUGACGUGUGCUCUACAAGAAGAGGUUCCCGGGGAAUGUUGUAAGAGGUGUCAAGGCUGCAUUGAUGGAACAAUAACACGCAGACAUGAAGAGGAAUGGAAACCACAUGGAGAGCCGUGUCAUAGUUGCCGUUGUGUGGAGGGCAAAACUCAAUGUAGAAAACGUCACUGCGCCUCUCUGUGUAGAAACCCAGCUCCACCAAGGCAGGGGACCUGCUGCCCUGUUUGUGAUGGUUGCUCAUAUAAUGGGCGAACAUAUCCAAAUGGGCAAGCAGUAAGAAGCUCCGACUCUUGUACACGCUGUAUCUGUGAGAAUGGAAAUGUUCAAUGCAGCCCAAUACCUUGUAGCCCCACAUUGUGUAGGAACCCUGUACGAAAACCAGGAGAAUGCUGCCCAAGAUGUGAGGGAUGUGAGUUUGAUUCUCGCACAUAUGCAGAAGGAGAUGUUUUUACAACUUCCCAUGACCCCUGCCUCAGCUGUACUUGCUCUGCAGGGGAGGUGUCCUGUGACCAUCUAGACAGGCAGUGCCCUACUGCACAGUGCAGUCACCCUGGAAAAGUCAAUGCACAAUGUUGCCCAAGUUGUGAAGUGUGUGACUUUGAGCGGAGAAUAUAUUCUGAUGGACAAACAUUUCAACCCCCUGGACAUGGACCCUGUCUCCAAUGCACCUGUACAAAAGGAAAUGUCCGUUGUACAGAGGAGACCUGCCCACCAGUGUCCUGCCCCAAUCCAGUGAGAGAACCCAAUAAGUGUUGUCCAGUUUGCAAAGUCUGUGUUCAGGAUGGAGAGGAAUUCUUGGAGGGGGUAGAAUGGGAACCUGAAAAUGAUCCAUGCAGCACUUGUGCUUGUUUAAAUGGUGACACAGUAUGUGGGGUCAGCCAGUGUCCCCCAAAGUCCUGUCAUCACCCAACCCACAAUGAAGGUGAGUGCUGUCCAGUAUGUGAUACAUGCACUUACAACCAGAGAGUGUACGGUAAUGGACAAGACUUUACAGACCCGGAUAACCCAUGCCAGAAUUGUCAUUGUAAGGAUGGUACUGUCCAAUGCACUCCUGUUGUUUGCACCCCUGUGAUAUGUGCCAGGCCAGAGACAAAGCCUGGCCACUGCUGUGCCACAUGCCCAGAUUGCAGAUAUCAUGAGAAUCUUUUCCUGGAGGGAGAACAGUUUUCCAACCCAGACAAUCAGUGCCAGGAAUGUGGAUGCCACAAUGGACAUGUGACCUGUACAGACCGAGGAUGCCCAGGACCUCAGUGUUCAUACCCCCUGCCAGGAACCUGCUGUAAUAAUAAUUGCAAUGGUUGUAACUAUGCUGGAAAAGAAUAUCCUAAUGGUGCAGACUUCCCCCACCCUACCGACAAGUGCAGACAGUGUCACUGCAUUAAUGGCAAUGUGCAGUGCCUUACAAAACGAUGCCUACCUGUUCUCUGUGCUGAGCCAUUCCCAGUUCCAGGAGAGUGCUGUCCUCAGUGCCCAGUUCCACCAGCUGACUGUCCUUACUCUGGAAUCACUUACCGACACAUGCAGAGAUUCUAUGAUCCAUCAGACAAAUGUCGUGACUGUAUAUGUAACAAUGGCACGAUCACCUGUCAACGCAAGCCCUGUGCCCCUAUAGCUUGCACCCACCCUCUAAAAGGAGACUGCUGCCGGUCUUGUGAUGGGUGUCUUUUGUCUGGAAAAGAGCUUGCUAAUGGGGAACAGUUCACACAACCAUCAGAUCCCUGCUCGGUGUGUGUUUGCUGGGAGGGUAGUGUGAACUGCCAGCCUAAAACCUGCCCGGUACUGAACUGCCCCUAUCCAGCUUCUGGUCAAUGCUGCAAGGAGUGUCAAGACUGCCAGUAUCUGGGGGAGGUGUAUCUGAACGGUCAGGAGUUUUCAUCACCACAGGAUUCCUGUAGUCGAUGUGUCUGCGCUGAUGGAUUUGUCACGUGCAGUAAAAAGCCUUGUUAUAAAGCUGGUUGCACUCACCCUAGUAUUCCACCAGGAAAAUGCUGUCCUGUUUGUGAAGGAUGUUCAUAUAACAGAGUGGAACUGUAUAAUGGGCAAUCUGUCCCUGACCCUUCAAACCCAGCAUGUUCGGAAUGUACUUGUAGGGCAGGAUCUGUACAGUGUGCACGCAAGCUCUGUGCUCCAGCUACCUGCCCACAUCCAGUAACCGGCCCUUGUGACUGUCCCAUCUGCCAGGGAUGUCAUUUUCAAGGUCAUGAUUACAAUGAUGGGGGAUCUUUUACAUCACCCCAAAAUGAAUGUGAGCAAUGCCGCUGUCUGAGAGGCCGCGUCACUUGUGGCCCUCGGCCAUGUGACACUGCAAACUGCCCUCAUCCAGGUGAAGACCCCUGCAUGUGCCCUGUGUGUGACGGUUGUAAUUAUAAUGGCCGGGACUGUGUCAAUGGAGAGAGUUUCCCAGACCCUGAUGACGAGUGCAGCCAGUGUUCCUGCAAGAAUGGAGAAGUUACCUGUGUGUCUGCUUCUUGUCCACGAGUGUCCUGCUUGUAUCCCGUGACUCCACCAGGGGAGUGCUGCCCGCGCUGCACAGGAAUAUGUAAGCACAAUGGAAAGGUCUAUCAGAAUGGUGAAAAUUUCCAACUGCCUGGAGAUAUUUGUACCCAGUGUUCCUGUAGGAAUGAGAUGGUGACGUGCCAACGUGUUAAAUGUGAAAAAGACUGCAGCCAUCCAGUACCCUCCAAAUUGUCUCCUUGCUGUCCUGUGUGUGAUCGCUGCCUCUAUGAGAGCAAAGAAUACUCUAGCCAUCAGACAUUUAACUCCGUGUCGGACCCAUGUCUCCGUUGUGUGUGUUUGGAAGGCAGUGUCACAUGCACCCAUGUAGUGUGUCCUCAAGUCUUCUGUGCCAACCCAAUUAGCAAGCCUGGUCAAUGCUGCAUGGAGUGCCCAGUGUGUCACUAUGAAGGAAAAGAGUACAGUGUUGGUGCCCGUUGGGUGCCCGCCUUAGAUCCAUGUCUGCAAUGUACAUGCAUAGCAGGAAAAGUGCAGUGUGAUCCUCCCACAUGCCCCCCUCUACCUUGUACCCAGCAGGCGACAGACCCGGGAGCAUGUUGUCCGCGCUGCAGAGGUUGUGUAUAUAAUGGCCGGGAAUACAGAGACAACAGCAACUGGAUUUCCACUGUGGAUCAUUGCAUGUCCUGCAUGUGUGUAGAUGGAGUUACCACCUGUUCCAAGGUGCAAUGUAUCACAUCCUGCACUAACCAGAUAACGCUGCCUGGAGAAUGCUGUCCUCUAUGUGCAGACUGUAUAUCAGGCAAAAAAAAAUAUUCUCCAGGAGACAGUUUUCACCCGUCAGAUGACCCCUGUGAAAUCUGCACAUGUGAGCGUUUACUAGAUGGCCGUCAGUACAGGCGUUGCAGUAGGAAGCAGUGUCCCAGCUUGGUGGAUUGUCCUCGACAUCAAAUCCUUCCUCCUGCUUUUGGCCAGUGCUGUCCUAGCUGUGCCCAGGCUUUGAGCAAUUGCACAGACCUACUAGUGGGCAGUGAGAUACAAGCUGUGAACGACCCCUGUUACAUGUGCCAAUGUAAGGAUUUGACGUGGACAUGUGAGCACAAACCAUGCCCUGUCCUCAGCUGUCCCCGUUCAGAGCAAAUCACCCCAGCAAGAUCAUGCUGUCCUGUUUGUAAAGAGUGCUUGGUUGAGAUUGAAGGGCGACGGGUUCCAGAUGGAGAGACAUGGACAGACAGGCAGGAUCCAUGUAUCACCUGUACCUGUACUCUGGGACACAUUGACUGCCAGAUACAGGAAUGUCCCCCUAUUCACUGCCAGCAAGGGGAGCUCAAAGUCAGGACGCCAGGCACAUGCUGCCAUGUUUGUCAAGCUCCUGCUGUAGCCUGCUGGUAUCAAGGACAGAGAUACCUUUCUAAUGAGCAUUGGCAGGUGGAUGAAUGUACAGCCUGUACCUGUGUUUCUGGAGAGGUGCACUGCCAUAGUGAGAGGUGUCCCCAAGUAUCCUGCACCGCUGAUGAGACUCCAGCUUUGAUACCUGGUAUGUGCUGUCCACACUGCAUCCCUCGUCCUGCCACUUGUAUUGCCUUUGGAGACCCACAUUACAGAACUUUUGAUGGCAAGAUGUACCACUUCCAAGGUAGCUGCACCUAUGUCUUGAGUGAAGACUGUGAAGGAGGAGACUUUAGUAUCCAUGUGACAAAUGAUGACCGUGGACAGCGGGGUGUGUCAUGGACAAAGGAAGUAACUGUGCUGAUUGGUGAUGCAGUAGUGCAGCUCCUUCAAGACUGGGUUGUGAUGGUCGACUACCAGACUGUAGAGCUGCCAUUCCUAAAAGAGCCAUUCAUUUACAUUGAAAGGAAAACAAACACCAUUUUGCUAAACAGUAACAUCGGAGUGAAGGUACAGUGGAAUGGACGUUCUCACCUGGAGGUCAGUGUUCCAGGAACAUAUCGUGACCAUUUAUGUGGUCUAUGUGGCAAUUUCAACAAUUAUCCCCAAGAUGAUAUGCGCGAUCGCAGGGGCCAGAUCCUACUUUCUGAGGCUGCCUUUGGGAACAGCUGGAGGGUACAAAGUGGUAAUGACUCUGCUACGGACUGCUGGGAUGGACAGGAUGUGGAUCCUUGUAAACAGGCUGGAUAUCGUGCCAGAAAAGAAGCCAAUAGCCGCUGUAAAUUGCUGAAGUCCAGUGUGUUUGAGCCAUGCCACAGAGUUGUCCCUCCUGAGAUGUUCUUUGCCUCAUGUGUUUACGACCUGUGUGCUUGUGGUGCUGGAGAUGAGUGUCUUUGUGAUGCAUUGGAAGCCUAUGCAUCAGAAUGCAGAGAGGCCGGGGUCAUCCUACAAUGGAGAUCUCCAGCAUUGUGUGCUGUUGGCUGCCCCUAUGAUAGAGGUUAUGUAUUUGAUGAAUGUGGUCCUCCUUGUCCUAAGACUUGCUUUAAUAAAGAUGUCCCACUUGGAGUGUUGGAGUCUCACUGCUUUAAACCAUGUGUUCCUGGGUGUCAGUGCCCAGCAGGACUAGUAGAACACGAGUCUCACUGCAUCCCUCCAGAAUCGUGUCCGAAGAUUAUUCAUGGCAACCUGUGAGAUCAAGGAGUUACAAUUUCAGAAGUCAAUGUAAACCAGCCUUCUCAUAUUUCUCUGUGGAAUAAAAUCUGUUUUAAGACUGCUGACUAUGUUCAAGACAUGCGGAUUAGAGAGGCUGCGGCACAUAAGUCUCCAUCACAUAAUAAUAUGGUCCUUUAGCCUUCUAAAUAUCACCUUCUGUUUUGUGCCUCUUCCUGUUCACAAGAUUUCUGACACUUUUGUUUCUUUUUACAAAACCAGCUGUAGUUCUAAUUCUGAAGAAAAUGGAAGCAAUCCCUACUGUAGGAAAAGUAUAGCUUUCUCUAAGGACUAGUACUAUAGCAAUAGGACAGAUCAAGUGUCGAGUAUUCUUUUAUUUUUCUAUUGGAUGGUGCAGAAGCCAUCAUUUUGUGGAUUACCACCAGAAGAUUCAUUAUUAGAACACUUCUAUCAUUUAUCAGAAGACACAAACUCUAUGGUGCUAUGAAAAUAAUGGGUUGAAUGAACUGAUAUUACUGGCACUGCAGAUGAUAAUGUAUUCCGGUUGGGGCAUAGUCGAAAUAUUCUGAGUAGACAACAAAAGUGGAAAUUAAGCAAAUACUUCAUCAGCUCAUAGAGAAAAAAGUUAUUGCUGUAAUGCUACCUUAACUUUGCUGGUAAAGCCUGUCAUAGGACCAGCAAACAUGUUCCAGAUAAUCAUCAGUUACUAAUAGGACAGCAUUCAGAAUAUUAGGUAUAUUAUGUAUGACUUCCUUUUUCACUGGAUUGAAUUCACCUAUUACUGAGUUUGCGACCCAACAACUGCAGACAAGCCCACCAAUUCAUGUGUGCUAUUUAAUGUCUAGUGUUGACACCCUAAAAAGAAUACAUUGGACUUGCUUUCACACCACAUUUGAGCAACAUGUUUUGCAGGACUAUUUGAAAAUGUCUAAUGAAUGUAUGCUCCAGAAGUAUGGAGCUUUGUGAUGACAUAGAUGGAUAUGUCUCCUGGUGACUCCCAAUGAAAAUACAAAUUACACAAGAUGAUACCAAAAGGAUAGCUAUAAUUCAUUCAUAAAGAGAAAUUCACAUAUAACUUGGAGCCCAAACGUGGUGUGAGCCUAGCCUUAUAGGCCUGAAUCCUUUAGUGCAUCCAAUAAUUGGGAAUUCACUGACACAGAGUAAAUUACUGUCUUCCUAUGGGCAUAUUCACAUGGUGCAGUUGUGGCUUUUUUUCUAUGUUACCACAAUUUUUUGCACAACAGCAGCAGUUUGCUGCAAUAUUUUAAAACAUUUGCUACAUUUUUCAUGAAUUUACGGCACUGUGUGAAUACAGACCAAUCUGAGCAAUAAUUAUGGUCUUCAUCAUAUGUUUUUCUUACAUUAGUUUAUUUAACCAUUAGGGGUGAACCAAUAAAGUCAGUUAUCCAAGAAAGCAGAAAAUAACAGGGAGGCAAUGAAAGUUUAAACUUCCUGCUUGUUUCUGUAUACCUCUGCUGACUUGCUGAAGCUGUAACAGUGUUUAACUCUCAAAGGGGUACUCCACUGCCCCAGCAUCCGGAACAUUUAGUUCCGAAUGCUGUGUGCGGGCUGCGGGUUGUGACAUCAUGGCCACGCCCCACGUUAUGUCGCGUCUCGCCCAAUCAAUGCAAGUCUAUGGGAGGGGGCGUGACGUCAAUCACGCCCCCGUCCAUAGACUUGCAUUGAGGGGGUGUGGUGUGAUGUCACGACCCCCUCAGCCUGUACCCAGUCCGUUGGGGCAGGGAUGUACCCCUUUAACUGCUGCCCUUGAGACUGUGGCUAUAUUGAGUAAGAUGACAUGAGAAAUCCUCUAGUAACAAUGGUAUCAGGACCCCUGUAUUAUCGGUGUGAGAUUGACAUAGGCUGAAACCUGUUGCUCACUAUUCUCUUCUAACGUGAAACCACUGUUUUAAUACAUGUAGAUUUUUAUAUUUAUACACUGUAUUUACUUUUUAUUACUGUAUUCAAAAGAUUAUGCCAUUGGCCAAUUUAUAUUUAUUGUUCUGUAUUCUAUAAAUAAUAAAGAAUACUUUAG